AUGCGUCUCGAUGUCGACGCUACAGCGAGGUGGAAGCUUGUCAAAGUCCCAGCAGAUUCAGAAUGGGUAGUCUAUCGCAAUAAGUUGUCUCGCAAACAUCAUUGUUUGCUUAUUUUCCCUCGACGAGAUACAUCCUGUUUCUUGUCUCUCAUCCCUGAUGCUGUCCCUCUAUCCUCUUUGAUGCUUCCAGGUGAAACUGCUGAUGAUAGAAUGGCUUUUUAUGGAUGGCCUAUUGCCCAGUGUCAAUCGCCAGGCACCCCUCUCGAGAGACAACUUCACUCUGGCAUUCGAGUUCUCGACAUACGCUUGGCAAUUGUCGAUUCCCACCUCAUUUCAUACCACGGAAUAUAUCCGGAACGCGCCCUGUUUGCGGAAAUCUUAUCAUCGGUACACACGUUCCUUACAACACCCUCAAGCUCGCGCGAAACCAUAGUUAUGUCAAUCAAGCAGGAAGAUUCUGAUACGCAACGUUUUAGCCGGCUUGUACGUCAAGAGAUUGUUGCCUCGCCAGGGGGUUUGGACAUGUGGUAUUUAGAAAAUAGAAUACCAACCCUGGGUGAAGUAAGAGGCAAGGUCGUAAUGUUCAGUCGUUUCGGCGGAAAUGGUUACGACUGGGACAACGCGGCUAUCGGGAUCCAUCCGACCAUCUGGCCUGAUAAUGACAGGCUCGGUUUUACUUGGAACUGUCAAGAUGUCCUGGUCCGGACUCACGACUGGUAUGCAAUCCCCACCUUCCUUUCUAUCCCCGAGAAAGUUGCUCUCUCAACCAAUAUCCUUGUUGAUUCCUGUGAUUCUUCUUCCCUGACCUUAUCGAUAACAUUCCUUUCUGCAUUGUCAGUCCCAUUGGCGUUCCCUCCGACAAUGGCCCGCGGCCUCGGAUGGCCGCAGUGGGGAAUUGGAUUUGAAGGCGUCAAUGCUCGAGUCGGCAAAUGGAUCCUCGAUCAGUUCGAUGAACAAGGAGAGAGUGACGUAAAUAGGGGACCGCGGAUCAGGGGUUGGGCACUCGUGGAUUUCUACGAAGACCCGAUAGGACAAAGCAUUGUCCCCCUGCUUGUAGAAUGCAACUUCAGGAGGAGAAAGUGCGAGGAGGGUUCGGCGUGA